UCCUCUGCCUUUGCCAUAUUCAAGAGAGAUUGAUUGAAGAAGAAGCUUGAUGAAAGUUUCUUGCCGUGCACACUUUUGUAAUAGGCAAGAUGGUUAUUUGGCGCAGCAUUUGAUAAAGGAAAAUUAUAUAUAAAAAAAGGAAAAAGAAAAGGAAAAAGAAAAAGAAAAAGCUUCCGGAUUUGCUGUAUAUACACCAUUAUUAGUCUCUAUCUCUCUCUCUCUGAGUCUGACGCAUGUAAAUUUUACUCUAAAUUCGUCGAAAUCUCAAACUCAUCGGAAUUCAACAACGUAGUCUCAGUUUCAAUCGAGGAAUGGCUAAACCAGUUGUCGCCGCCCAACCGUCAGCUUCAUUUGAGUAUGAGCUUUUAGAUGGUGAUUCUGAUCACCUAAGGACAGUCGUAGGCUCUACAGACCAGAAAAGUUCGUGGAUUGAACCUUCAAAGUUGAAACUUCGACACAGAAUUGGGCGGGGACCCUUUGGUGAUGUUUGGUUAGCAACCCAUCAUCAGUCAACUGAAGAUUAUGAUGAGUAUCAUGAGGUGGCUAUCAAGAUGCUUCAUCCAAUUAAAGAAGACAACAUGAGAAUUGUGUUGGAUAAACUAGAAGAUAUGUUCCGUAAGUGUCAAGGAGUAAGAGGUGUUUGUUGGCUACAUGGAACUUCAAUAAUCAGUGGAAAGAUAUGCAUCAUAAUGAAAUUAUAUGAGGGAUCAGUUGGUGACAAAAUGGCUCAAAUCAGAGGAGGAAAGCUUGCACUUUCUGAUGUUCUGAGGUAUGGGAUAGGGUUGGCUGCGGGGGUUUUUGAACUACACUCCAAAGGGAUCUUGGUUCUUAACCUAAAACCUUCUAAUGUUCUUCUAGAUGAAAAUGACCAAGCAAUACUUGGAGAUUUUGGUAUUCCUUAUCUAUUGCUUGGCAUUCCAUUGAUAAGCUCAGAUAUGAUUCGGAGGAUCGGAACGCCAAACUACAUGGCACCUGAACAGUGGCAACCGGAAGUACGAGGUCCAAUAUCCUUUGAGACCGACUCUUGGGGUUUUGGGUGCAGCAUUGUGGAACUGUUGACUGGUGUCCGACCUUGGGGUGGGAAAUCUGUUGAUGAAAUAUCUGAUUCAGUAGUCAGAAGGCAAGAAAAACCAGAUAUACCAAGUGGACUUCCUCCUGCAAUAGAGAAUCUUCUUCUUGGUUGCUUUGAGUACGACUUGAGGAGUCGCCCUUUAAUAAUGGACAUAUUGAAUGUAUUUAAAAGCUUGCAGAAUGCAAUCUCCAGUGGUGGAGACUGGACAGGUCUUGGGACUAGAACAAUCACGGAGAAAUCAAGUAGCACUGGUUACACGGAGUGGUUCCUUUCAAAGGAUCAUCUCCAAGUGGGUGACACAGUGCGUUCCAGAAAGCCAGCAAACUCCUGCAAACCUGAAAAUAUGUAUGUGCCAGAAGGCACAGUAGUGGGUGUAGAAGGUGACACAGAUCACCAUGGGUUUGUUUUGGUGAGGGUUCAUGGCAUCCAUGACCCAUUAAGGGUUCAUGUUUCAACACUGGAGCGGGUAACUUUUGGCUUGGCAGCUGGUGAUUGGGUGCGCUUGAAGAAAGAAGACAAGAAACACUCACCAGUAGGUAUUCUUCAUUCCAUCAAUCGUGAUGGUAAUGUAGCUGUUGGAUUUAUAGGGUUGGAAACUCUCUGGAUGGGGAAUUCUUCAGAGUUUCAAAUGGCAGAAUCCUACUGUGUGGGUCAGUUUGUUAGGCUGAAAGCUAAUGUUUUGAGCCCUCGUUUUGAAUGGCCUCGUAAGAGGGGAGGGAUAUGGGCUACUGGGAGGAUUUCUUGGAUCCUACCAAAUGGGUGCCUUAUUGUGAAGUUCCCGGGAAUGCUGACUCUUGGGGAUGAGAACUCGUACCAACAUCUUGAGGAUUUCCAUUGGGCAGUGAGACCACUUCUGGUUGCAUUGGGGCUAUUCACAGCCAUGAAGCUAGGCAUCUUUGUUGGAUCAAAAAUGGGGAGAUCCAAGGUGAGGAAACAACAGACUGGUGCUGCACAGAAUGAGAAUCAACACACAGAUGGUCAGAAUUCCGGCAAUCCGGCAUGGAGGCCUCCUAACGUGGCAAAUAUCCUUUUCCGAGAGGGUGCUUCAACAGGUCUUGCUCGGUAGUUUUAUGCACAGUUCAUCUGCCCAGAGCUAGUGAAGUUUGCUGUAAAUCAUACUUAUCUGCUGUAACUAGUUUGUUGGGUGGUAUAGGGCAUCUUACCAUUUCACUUCUGCGUGCUGGAGAGCAGCAGAAUAAACAAUUAUCAGUGUCAAAUUUAGGGCAAACAGAUUCGCUCUUUAUGUAUAUAAAAAUGUAAAUAUGUUAAUUGACUUAUUUGUGUGACUAAGACUGCAAUGUACUUAACUUUGACCCAUAAUUUUAUGCGGUAUUAUUUCCUGGAAACUA